UUGAUCUCUUCAUCACGCUUCUCUUCCAGUUCUUUGCUUUAAAUUUAAUUCAAAGCUUAAAAAACACUGUUUGGUAGCAGAGAAAAUAAAAAAACAUGUCGAGCUCCAACAAUUCUGCACCAGAACAACUCUGCUACAUCCCUUGCAACCUUUGCAACAUCAUUCUUGCGGUGAAUGUUCCAUGCAGCAGCUUGUUUGAAACGGUAACAGUCCGAUGUGGGCAGUGCUCCAAUCUCUGCUCAGUAAACAUGGCAGCUUCCUUUCAAUCGAGGGCCGGAAAAGAUAUCCAGGUGCCUACCUACACCUCAUCGGAGUACAGAAUCGGCUCAGGGUCUUCCUCCAGAUGCAAGAACAAGCAGCUAACGAAGCGGCCAACAAACAUAAAUACCACCACUCCAGAAAGGGUUGUUAAUCGACCUCCUGACAAGAGGCACAGGGCUCCUUCGUUGUACAACCAGUUCAUCAAAGAGGAGAUUCAAAGGAUCAAGUUGGACAAUCCUGAUAUCACCCACAGGGAAGCAUUCAGCACCGCUGCAAAGAAUUGGGCUCGCUUCCCUCGCAUUCAUUUUGGACUGAUGUUGGAGACCGAUAAUCAACCUAAGCUCAAUGAUGACUCAACUGAGCCAUUCCAUCAGCUGCUUAAGUGAAUAAAUGGCUAUUGAUUUUAUAAGAUCAUUUUACUUUUAUACUAUAUAUUAUAUCCAUAAAUGUGAUGUUGAAAUAAAAGGCUUUCAUUAUAAGGUCUGCCUGGACUUGAAUUUGCUUGUUUAAAUGCGUUUGAACAACUUUACUUUAUCAAUUAAUCUAUGUCAUGAUUGGAGUUAUUGCUAUG